AUGCUCGCGGCCUCCGCCCGCGCGUGGUCCGGCCUCGCGCGCCGCGGUCGCGCGUCGAGUGCGCGCUUCUCCGCCGUCGCCGACGCCGUCUCGACGCGGCCGUCGGCCGCGGGCGUGUCCCUGGAGCUGCGCACGCUCAAGGACCACGCGGACACGGUCAAGGCGCACGUGCGCGCGCGCCAGGGGUCGGAGGAGACGGUCGCCUCCGUGGAUCGCAUGGUCGCGCUCACGGAGCAGCGCGCGGCGGCGCAGCGCGAGCGCGACGCCGCGCUGUCGACGCGGAAGGCGCUGUCGGGCGACAUCGGCAAGGCGAUGAAAACCGGCGCGGCCGAGGCCGACGUCGCGGCCCUCAAGGCCGAGGUCGCCGCGAGCGCCGACGUCGCCGAGGGCGCCGAGGCGACCAUGGCGGCGCUGGAAGAGGAGGCCAACGCGCUCUUCGCGGCGCUGCCAAAUCUGCUCGACGACGCGACGCCGGACGGCGCGGGCGAAACGGAAAACGUCGUCGUCGCCGAGUGGGGGACCGACUCGCGCAAGCUCGGCGACGAGGGCGACUACCUCUGGCACGACGACCUCGCCGCGGGCCUCGGCGGCUUCGACGCCGAGGCCGCGUCCAAGGUCUCGGGCGCGCGCUUCGCGGUGCUCCGCGGCGGCGUCGCGCGGCUCGAGCGCGCGCUCGGCGCCUUCUUCCUCGACAUGCACACGGACGGCGGCGGCUACGAGGAGGUGUCGAGCCCCGUCAUCGUCGCGCGGUCCGCGCUCGAGGGCACGGGCCAGCUCCCGAAAUUCGAGGACGACCUCUUCAAGCUCGACAACCACAAGGUCCGCGGCGAGGACGCGUUCCUCAUCCCGACGGCCGAGGUGCCCCUGACGAAUCUCGUCGCCGGCGACAUCCUCGAAGAAUCGGACCUGCCCAUCCGCGUCGCGGCGCUGACCCACUGCUUCCGCGCGGAGGCGGGCUCCUACGGACGGGACACGCGGGGCCUCGUGCGCCAGCACCAGUUCGCCAAGGUCGAGCUCGUGAAGAUCGUCGCGCCGGACGACGGCGUCGCGGAGCACGAGGCGCUCGUCGCCGACGCGGAGAAGUGCCUCCAGAUGCUCGACCUGCCGUACCGGAAGGUGUCCCUCUGCGCGGGCGACAUCGGCUUCUCCGCGCGGCGCUGCUACGACCUCGAGGUCUGGCUCCCGGGCCCGCAGGAGUACCGCGAGAUCUCGAGCUGCUCGCUCAUGGGCGACUACCAGGCGCGCCGCAUGGGCCUCCGCUUCCGCCCGAAGCCGGCGAAGGACGACAACGACGGCGGCAAGAAGAAGAAGGGCAAGCCGAAGCCGCUCUUCCCCUACACGAUGAACGGCAGCGGCCUCGCCGUCGGCCGCGCGCUCGUCGCCGUCCUCGAGAACCACCAGAACCCGGACGGCUCCGUCACCGUCCCGCGCGCGCUCCGGCCCUACAUGGGCGGCGCCGAGAGCAUCAUCCCGCCGAAGGCGAAGUAA